AUGGAGCAGCCCCUGUUUGCCCACACGGGCGCAUACAACGAUGCCGUCGCCGCGCUCCGACGCCCGGGUGCAGCCGACCCCGUCGACCCGGCCAGCCUGCUCAGCCGCGAUGCCACCACCACCAUCGUCGACCGCUUCCUCGCCCCCCUCAGCCGCUUCACGCCCUCGGACCUCGCCAGGCAGCAGGUCCACUGGCCACGCACACCCCACACCCAGUCCAUGCUCUGGGCCGAACCCUCCGUCAGCCUCACCUCGCUCGACUUUGUCCGCGCAGGCCUCGAGGGCCGCAUCGUCGGCUACAAGGAGCUAUCCCACCCGCGCGACCCCCUCCUCGACCCGAGAAACUCGACCUCGCUCGCCCGCAAGCCCGCCACCGCCACCAACUUUGUCAGGGGAAAGAGCGCCUUCGUCCCCUUUGCCCCGGGCGGUCUCGAGGAUGAGGUCAUCGCACCCCACGACCCGCAAGAGGCAGACGAGCGCAUCGAGACAGAGGUGCAGCAGAUGGAGGACGCCCUGCGCUCGGGGAGGGGGUUGCGCGACCACGCCCCAGGCCUCAGCCGCCCCUACGAGGACCCCGAGGCGUCGGCGGCCGACGAUGGCGACGACGACGACGACGUCGAGAUCGGCGAGGUCGAUGCCAUCACCGGCAUGACACCCCUUCCCAUUUACCGCCCGUCCAACGAGGCCGGACCGUCUCGCCUCUCGUCCGCACUCUCGUCGUCGUCGUCGCAGCAGCAGCAGCCUGGUGCGCACGGCUCGUCCGCUGCUGGCCGCGAGCAGGACGCCGAGCUCGAUGAGCUGCUGCCCAUGGAACGCCCGCGCCCCCUCCUCCAGAAGCGCGCCGCAAAGGUCGACGCCAAGCGCGACUGGGCCCACGUCGUCGACGUCAACCAGUCGCUCACCAACUUCAAGGAGCUCGUCCCCGAAAUGGCCCACUCGUUCCCCUUUGAGCUUGACACGUUCCAGAAGGAGGCCGUCUACCACCUCGAGCAGGGCGACAGCGUCUUUGUCGCCGCCCACACCUCGGCAGGAAAGACGGUCGUGGCCGAGUACGCCAUCGCGCUGGCGCAGAAGCACAUGACGCGCUGCAUCUACACCUCGCCCAUCAAGGCGCUCUCGAACCAAAAGUACCGCGACUUUAAGCAGACGUUUGGCGCGCAGAACGUCGGCAUCCUCACGGGCGACGUCCAGAUCAACCCCGAGGCGCCGUGCCUGAUCAUGACGACCGAGAUCCUGCGCAGCAUGCUCUACCGCGGCGCCGACCUCAUCCGCGACGUCGAAUUCGUCAUCUUCGACGAGGUGCACUACGUCAACGACACCGAGCGCGGCGUCGUGUGGGAGGAGGUCAUCAUCCUCUGCCCGCAGCACAUCAACAUGAUCCUCCUCUCGGCCACCGUGCCCAACACCAAGGAGUUCGCCGACUGGGUCGGGCGCACCAAGAAAAAGGACAUCUACGUCAUCAGCACGCCCAAGCGCCCCGUCCCGCUCGAGCACUUCCUGUACGCCGGAAAGGAGAUUUUCAAGAUCGUCGAUGCCCAGGCCCAGUUCCUCGGUGGCGGCCUCAAGGACGCCGGAGAGGCGCUCAAGCGCAAGCAGGAAAAGGAGAGGGAGGCCGCGGGCCUUCCGCCGCCCGAUCUCCUGCCCUGCGUCGUCUUUGUCUUUUCCAAAAAGAGAUGCGAGGAGAACGCCGGCAGCAUGCCCAACACCGACCUCUGCAACGCCAGGGAGAAAAACGAGGUCUUUAUCGUCAUCGAAAAGAGCCUCACCAGGCUCAAAGGAUCAGACAAGGAGCUUCCUCAGAUCAAGAGGAUGCGGGACCUGCUGGGCAGAGGCAUCGGCGUGCACCACGGAGGCCUGCUGCCGAUCGUCAAAGAGAUCGUCGAGAUCCUCUUCCAGCGCGGACUCGUCAAGGUCCUCUUCGCGACAGAGACGUUCGCCAUGGGCGUCAAUAUGCCCGCUCGGUCCGUCGUAUUCUCGGGGAUCCGCAAGCACGACGGCCAAGGGUUCAGGGAUCUGCUGGCCGGCGAGUACACCCAAAUGUCGGGUCGAGCCGGACGACGAGGUCUCGACCCGACCGGGGUGGUCAUCAUCAACGCAUCUGACGGGCUUCCCGAGAGCGCGACGCUGCACAAGAUGCUGCUGGGGCAGCCGACCAAGCUGCAGUCGCAGUUCCGCCUGACGUACAACAUGAUCCUCAACCUGCUGCGCGUCGAGACGCUCAAGGUCGAAGAGAUGAUCAAGCGCUCCUUUUCCGAAAACGCCGCACAGAAGAUGCUGCCCGACCAGCAGAGAAAGGCCGAAGAGGUGGAGAGGAAGCUGUCGAAGCUGCCGCAGGUGCAGCCAAAGGAGCUGGCCGAGGAGCUGAGCGUCUACUACGACCUGUGCAACGCCAUCGACAGCUCGCACCAGGGCAUGUGCGAGCUCGCCCUCGACAACCCGCAGGGAAGCAAGAACUUUGCCGCCGGCCGCGUCGUGCUGUUGCGAGACAGUCACUUUGACCACCACGUCGGCGUCAUCGUGCGCCAGGUGGCGUCGCGCGAGUUCCUCGUCCUCGCCGCCGUGUCCAAGGAGACGAAGCGGGGCGAAUCCGAUUCCGUCGGCACGGUUGCGCCGCUCUGGCCGCCCCGCGUCGAGCGUUGCGAGGCCGAGGAGACGGUCUACGACCUGCGCGAGGUGCCGCUGUCGAGCAUCAUUGACGUGCCGCUGAUUAUGGCGCACCGCAUCUCGGCCAUGACCAAGGCCGUCGAGGCGCUGCUGCCCCUGCGCGACGCCUACGCCGCCCUCGACACGGGCGCGGUGCCGCCCGAAGUCGACUGGUCCAAGAUCCGGCGUCUCGACUUCCAGGAGGCGCUGCGGUCGCGCGACAGCUACGUCGGUCGGCUGAAGCCCCACUUUGGACUCGUCGACGACGAUGCGUUCCUCAAGCAUUAUGCGCAGACGCACACGCGCAAGCAGCUCGAGGCGGAGCUGAGCCAGCUGCUGCUCAAGCAGUCGAACCAGAACCUCGAGCUGCUGCCAGACUACCACCAGCGCAUCGAGGUGCUCAAGGCGCUGCGCUUCAUCGAGCCCACGUCCGAGAGCGUGCUGCUCAAGGGGCGCGUGGCGUGCGAAAUCAACUCGGCAAACGAGCUCGUCCUCACCGAACUCAUCCUCGAAAACGCCCUGGUCCGCUACACACCCGAGGAAACCGUGGCGCUCCUCAGCAUCUUCCUGUUUCAGGAAAAGACGUCGGUCGUCCCCGAACUGUCCGAGAGGUUGUCAGAGGGCUACGCAACCAUUGUCGAAAUCGCCGACCGAGUCAAUGCAGUGCAGGCGCUCAACCAGCUCAACUUUGAAGAUUUCGCCAACCCGCAGAAACUCGGACUGGUCCAAGUCGUCUACGAAUGGGCGCGUGGAACCGCAUUUGACAAGAUCACGGACCUCACCGACGUCCAGGAAGGCACCAUUGUGCGCGUCAUUACCCGGCUCGACGAGACGUGCAGAGAGGUGCGCGACGCCGCGCGCGUCAUUGGCGACGCCGACCUCUUCACCAAGAUGGAAACCUGCCAGGCCCUCAUUCGUCGCGACAUCGUCUUUGCCGCAAGCCUCUACUUCUGA